GUGAUGUACAUCAGACAGGUACUGGUCAAGGAUGAGCUGGUGACAUUUCAGUGGUGCAAAAAUGAUUGACAUUGUUGCAAAGAAGGGAAAGGUCACCUCAAGAUGGCAGCAGGACAAUACAGUUCAUCAGAACUGGUUCCAUCUUUAUCUUGACACAUGGACUUAAAUAGCAGGUGUCGUGAAGGACAAGGACAGCAGGCAAAGUACAUUUCGCUGGCGCAGACACAUCUCUUUAGCUGACUUGGACUAGCUGAUUGACACUUUCUCUGAGCUGACAGGAUAUGCAGUGGGUGUUUACCCUGGGACCAACAUAUUUCAGUGUCAGGACAUGGAACCUCACAUUGUCUGACUUGUCAGCUCCAGAUGGAUCGUCUUGAAGAAAAUGUAUAUGAGACCCCGGAGGUUACCUACGAGAACCAGUCUUCAGCUGUUUAUGAUAGGCCCUACGAGACACCAUACGAGGAACCCUCAACAGCACAAUAUGAGAACAUCGGACAAACCUUUGCAAGAAUACCGGAUCCCCCUUCUCUCCCCCCACCAAGGCCUCCCACCGAGGAAGAGAGGAGAGGCAGUUCCUCUUCCUCCUCCUCUUCCUCUUCCUCUUCUUCUUCCUCACAUGCUGAGGAGGAUAAGAAAGAGGAGUCCAAUGGAUACAACAGGGAGGAAGAGAAAGAAUCAGAAGAGGAGGAAGAAGUGCCAAGGGAAGUGGAGGAGGAGAAGGUGGAGUUUGAGGAGAGCAGCCAAGGCAUGGGCUGGGGGUCCCUAGAGUAUGAGGUGGACAGGGGGGUCUCAACACGCAGGUCCUCAUCUUCAUCCUCAUCUUCAUCUUCAUCUUCUUCGGCAACAACGUCACCAGAGCCCCAAAAGGAUGAGUUCAAAGUCACACUUUAUGUUAAGGCUGGGAGUGAUGGUGAGAGCAUCGGAAACUGUCCAUUCUCUCAACGCCUCUUCAUGAUCCUCUGGCUGAAAGGAGUAGUCUUCAAUGUCACCACCGUUGACCUCAAGAGAAAACCAGCUGACCUUCACAACCUGGCUCCAGGGACACACCCACCCUUCCUCACCUUUCAGGGGGAGGUUCUCACUGACGUCAACAAAAUAGAGGAGUAUCUGGAAGAAAUGCUGGCUCCCCCGAAGUAUCCCAAACUUGCUGCAAAGAACCGUGAAUCCAACACAGCAGGAAAUGAUAUUUUUGCCAAGUUCUCGGCUUACGUCAAAAACACAAGGCCGGAUAAACAUCGAGCUCUAGAGAAGAGUCUGAACAAGGCUCUGUCUAAGCUGGAUGAGUAUCUAAUCAGUCCACUUCCUGAUGAAGACAAGACCGGGCGCCAAGGUGGUGAAUCCAACCGUAAAUACUUGGAUGGAGAUGAACUGACUCUGGCGGACUGCAACCUGCUUCCCAAACUGCACGUUGUCAAGGUGGUUGCAAAGAAAUACAGGAACUAUGAUAUUCCGUCUGAAUUCAGAGGGGUGUGGCGUUACCUUAGCAACGCCUACACCCGUGAUGAGUUCACCAACACGUGUGCAGCUGAUGUGGAGAUCGAGCUGGCUUAUAAGGAUGUAGCCAAGAGGCUGGGAAAAUGAAAUCAUUUAUCACUACCACAGUCACAGCCACAACUUCCUCUGCUCUCUCUCCAUUCAGAAAUAUAAUAAAUCAUUUCAAUGAUUCCCAUUAUAUACAGUAUUUUCAAAAGGUCUGACAUUUUUAACAUUAAUGUGCUGAAAUAAGUUAAUGACGCACAGUAAUGUGGUGAUGUAAAGAAACAACUUAAGAAGAUGGAGCUGUGGCUGUGAUGAUUGGCAAUAGAGAGACUUAAAGAGGCUGGUUUUCUUUGUUUAUAGUGAUUAUAAUAUUGCUUCUACUUUUUCUUGUUUCUUAAAGACAUUUGCAAUUAGAGGUGGUAGAACAGGGUUUUGUCUAGGUUUAUGAGGGUCUUAGGUGCUGUUAUGUCUGUUGCUAUUUGAUAAAAAUAACAACAGACAUAACCCUAACCCAAAGAAAUGAUGACGAGGUCAACAUGCAAUUUUAGUUAUACAAAUAAUAUACAGCCUUGUUGACUCAAAAGCUUACUUCAAGAAUUAAAAACAUUAUCUGUUUGGGCUAAUGUGAUAACUCUUUGGACCAGAGUGGGAGAGAAAUUAAUGCUUCCUUAGAUGCUUCUUUGCAAAAAUGCUAACAUCCUGCACCUAAUUCUUAAAAUAAUAGGAAAAACUUUGUAGAAUCACGCUUUCAUAUUUCUCACGUGGAUUGCAUGUGAUUUCUUAACUAUAUUCCAAACUGCAAAAGUAACGUAAAUGAUAGUGAUAAGUAUGUGUCUCAGCCAAAGUAAUGUGUCUUUUAUUGGACCGUUUCAGAUUUUACCUUUUCUGUAUUUCCAUUUCUAUAUUUUGGAUAAGCGAUGUCCUCUUUCUUUUCCUCAUGAGAGCAACAACACUUUAAUUUCAGGUAUUGCCGUAUACUAGAAUGUGUGGAUUGGUUUCUUUUUUGAGAUUGCUAAUCAAACUGAAAAUGCAGUUUCUGUACUUUUACAAUCACACAUAACAGUUAACAGCCUAUUCAUUGUGUUGCACUGUGAGCCUUAGCUGAAAAGGCUUUGUGCACACAGUAUAUCUCAGAUUAAAACUGUUUAUAUAAUUAUAUCAAUCAGCCUUUGUAUUUAUAAAAAAUGCAAUAACAGGAAAGACAAUGGACACUGAUAAAGUUUACCCUAAAUGUGAUGUUUUUAUGUGAUUUCACAUACACUGAUAAUAAUGGAUGUCAUUGUAAUCACGAGUGCCUUACUGGGAAUUAAAACCUCCUUUGCCUUCAGCUCCAGAUGUCUAUAAAGUAAAUUAUAUAUGUUUGAAUAUAAUAUAGAUGUGAAAAGUAAAUAAUGGAUGGGGAUUGUCCUCCUCCACAGAGCUGUGUGAUAAUAAUAUAAUAUGUCUGCAAAUGAUUGGAGCUCAACUUUAUUCACAUUCUGUCUGAUGAUUAGAACCAUGAGCCCACUGUGUAUAUGUCGCUUAUUUGAAUAAUAAAUCUAUU